CAUUAUCACGAAGAUGAGAGAUAUAUUCUUUCCAAAAAUGCAUUUCACAACUGGGUAUUUACAUUUCUUGGUGAUUUUCAGCUGUAUUGCUGGUCAAAUUCGAAUGGAUUCCGUUAAAACCUGCUAUAAUGGAUGGGUACCUUACAAAAGAAGUUGUUAUUUUUAUUCAACAUCCAGAGUUACAUUUAAAGAUGCAAUGUCAGCAUGUUAUCGGAUCGGGGCAGAAUUGUUGGAACUUCAAAAUGCAAAGGAAGAGAAAUGGUUUGAUCUCCAGGUCCGAAUACGAGGUUAUCAAGACCAGGUCUGGCUUGGUGCGAGUGACAUCCAACACGAAGGAGAGUUUGUUUCUGUUUCAAAUGGCGAGAGACUACAUUACAGCCACUGGUUGAGGGGACAGCCAAAUAAUUCUGGAGGACGAGAACAUUGUGCCACAUACUGGAUUCCACGCAGAGGGAUGAACGAUUCACCAUGCAAUGUCAAAUAUAAUUAUGUCUGUAAAAAAUAA